AGUCGGGCACACUGGACCAGUCCGAAAAACCUGUUGGCUUGUGCGUAGCAGUGAAUUUUGUGGAGAAGAGCAGGCAGGCAGCCAAGAUGAGCAAGGAAAUCCCUUUGGCCACCGUUAACCAGCACAACAAGGCCACGGAUCUGUGGGUGGUCAUCAACAACAAGGUGUACGAUGUGACCAAGUUCCGGCUCGAGCAUCCUGGCGGCGAAGACUCACUGGUGGAUGUGGCUGGUCGCGAUGCCACCAAGGACUUCAAUGACGUGGGUCACAGCUCCGAGGCGAGAGAAAUGCUAAAGAAGUACUACGUCGGUGACCUGGCUGCUGCGGACAUCAAGCAGAAGAGCCCAAUUAGCUGCCGCCAUGUGGCAUUGGCCCUGGGCGCCGCCUUCAUCGGCAUCACCCUGGUCUAUGUGAUCCGACGCGGAGUGGCCAGGAAUUAAUCUGCGGCCUCGGGCGAUUUCACCACUGACCAGCUGCAUUCCGUGAUUCCAGACAUAUUCCUUCAACUUGGAUAAUCAUUUUCCACACAUUUGAUACGCAAUAAAUUGUACAAAUUGCUUAAAUACACAA